GAACAGCCUGGGACACCUGGGACACCAACCCAGGGCAGGACAUGGGCUCUGUGUGCUCUGCAUCCCUCAUUCUGUGGAAUCGGAAAUAUUCGUGCAGUGAACAGAAAGUGACCGAUAACUGAGUGACACCAGAGCACAGGUGCUGGUGAGGUGCUGGUGAGGCGCUGGUGAGGUGCUGGUGAGGCGCUGGUGAGGUGCUGGUGAGGUGCUGGUGAGGUGCUGGUGAGGGACUGGUGAGGUGCUGGUGAGGGACUGGUGAGGUGCUGGUGAGGGACUGGUGAGGUGCUGGUGAGGGACUGGUGAGGCACUGGCAAGACAGUGGUGAGGCACUGGUGAGGCACUGGUGAGGUGCUGGUGAGGUGUUGGUGAGGCGGUGGUGAGGUGCUGGUGAGGCACUGGUGAGGCACUGGUGAGGCACUGCUGAGGCGCUGGUGAGGGACUGGUGAGGUGCUGGUGAGGUGCUGGUGAGGAACAGGCCUUUGUGCAGGCAGGAGGAGGUGAGAGCUGUCCAAGGGCCUUUGAGUUUCACUGCCUGUAAUGGGCAGCGGCUGUGAAACUGUGAGGAAGGAAUUUUUCACAGAGUCAUGGAAUCACAGACUGGUUCGGGUGGGAAGGGACCUUCCUGUGUGUCCCUGUGGCUGGAGGGGCAGCGGCUGCUCUAGGGCCUGUGGGGGGACAGUAAAAUUCCCUGGGAGCAGGAAGGAGGGUCUGGACCCAGGCCCAACCACCCCAGCUAUAAAAAGCCGGAGCAGCCCCGUGUCCCCUGUGCAGGAGCUCAGGGGGGCCGGGAGCAGCACCCAGAGCCCACACCCAGCGCAGGGCACAGUCCCUCCCAGAGGAAGCGGCCGCGGCCCCGCCUGCGUCCUCCCAGUGUCUGGGGGUCCCUGCAGAGUCUCUGCCCACCAUGGAGCUCCUGCUGCUGCUGCUGCUGGCCGUGCCCUCGGCCAUUGGCAUCCCCCGACGCCGGCCAGGCCUUAACAGUGCCCUCAGGGAGAUUGAACUGAGUAUGGCCCCCAACUCCUUCGAUGACCAGUACUCGCGCUGCCGCAUCAAAAUGGCGAAGGCGCUGAGGGCGCUCAACCGCACCGAGUUUGCCACCAACAGCGACUACGCUGACGCCUGGCGCAAGGCCACCAUCAAAUGGCACAGCCGCAAACUUGUGGGGUCCCGGCUGCGGCGGGAACAGGCCAUCGCCCUCAUGGCCUACUCGAUGGAGGAGGGCCUAUACUUCGAGUUCAACAGGGCCGUGCGCAGCGCGGGGCGCUCCCUCCAGGAAUACCGGCACAACUUCCACUUCAAGGUGGUGCAUUUCCUGCUGACCGAGGCCCUGGAUGACCUGCGGGAUGAGGAGACCCACCCCCGCUGCCUCGACGUGUACCGGGGUAUCGAAGGGGUCCGGUUCAUCACUGAGCCUGGCAAGACCAUCCGCUUUGGCCAGUUCGCCUCCAGCUCCCUGCUGAAAAACGUCAGCGAGCACUACGGCACCGACACCUUCUUCGAGGUGCACACCUGCCACGGCGCCAACAUCCGAAACUUCUCCCACUACCCUAACGAGGAGGAAGUCCUCAUCCCGCCCUUCGAGACCUUUAAUGUCACCAGUGUCACCCAACAAGGGGCCAAAACCCACAUCGAGCUCCGCUCCCACGGCGUGUACAGCAAAUACAACUGCGCGUGGCUCCGAGGCAGCAGCAUCCGCAGGGACCCUCCACAUCUCAGGGGGCUCCUCCUGGCAGCCCUGGCCCUGGCAGUGGCCAUGGGCACCCCCUGAGCCACGAGGACACCACUGUCACCUCUCACCGUGCCCGGCCCAGAUGAGGGCUCAGAACGGAGCCCCCGGUGUCCCCAGGACGGGCCGGGGGGCACGGGGACCCCCCGCUGCAGGGGGACACUGGACAAGCCCAGGGGACGCCCUCCCUGAGCCAUGGCUGGGGGGUUGGGGGGCAGCUCAGUGGGGGCACAGGGGGGAUUUGCUUCUCUUUGGGGCUUUUUUUCUCCCUUUCAAUAUUUUAACUUUUCUUUCCAAUUAUUAAAGUGGUUUUAGCUCAA